AUGGGUAUCUUAAAUAAAGGAUAUUAUUUUCUUAUAGGCAUUAUUGUUUCAUAUGUUUUUUUUCUUUUUGCACUUACAGUGCCUUCUAUCCAAAGAAAUGUACAAAAGGUGACGUAUUAUACCCAGAAUCGCUUGGAUUUUCAUGUAUAUUAUCGAAAACAAGGUCUAAAUCAUGGAAAUACUAAUGGAAUGCAAGUUCGAAGAGUUAAUCCUUUUUUUUUGAAGACAUCUGAUAAUGAGGAUAUUUUUGUUUGGCACGUUUUACCUCAUAAUGUUUAUUAUAAACAUCUUUCAAAGCUUUCAGAAUUGGAAGAAGGAGAUGAAUUGCAUGAAUUUUCGACUUCUUUAAUUUCAAAAAAUCCUAAAUCAAAACUUAUUAUUUAUUUUCAUGGAACUGCAUGUAAUAUUGCUGCAAGGCAUCGGUUAAGCAUGUAUCGGCUCUUAACAUCCUUUGAUCAUGUUCAUGUUCUUGCUUUGGAUUAUAGAGGAUUUGGGAAAUCUUCGGGUCAACCAAGUGAAAAUGGGUUAAUUGAAGACGGUGUUUCUGCUGUAAGAUGGGCUGUAGAAGUAGCUAAUAUAAAUCCUUCUUCUAUAUUUCUUGUUGGGCAAAGUCUUGGAACUGCUGUUGUUAUUGGAGUGGCAGAAAAAUUAUUAACGUUGAAAAAUCCGAUACAUGUAGGCCAUUUGAUUUUAAUUGCUGGGUUUUCUUCUGUCCGAUCUUUAUUGACUUCAUAUAAAUUAGGAGGCUAUUUCCCCUUUUUAUCUCCUUUGAAAAUGUAUCCUGGUAUACGAAAACUUGUUCUUAAAUUUUUAUAUCAUCCUUGGGAUUCAUUACAUAGAAUAGUAACUUUUUCUAAAAAUUCUGAAAAAGUUGGGACACGUAUAACAUUUAUUCAUUCAAAAGAUGAUACGCAUAUCGGUUUUCACCAUUCUUUCGAACUUUUUGUUGCUGCUGUUAAUGCAACAAUUACUCAGCAAAAUGAAACAUGGAGAGAUUUGGUGACCUUGACAGAAAGAAAAGGCGAAGUCUUCAUUACAUCUAAUAAUGGUCGUCAAAGAAUUAUGUACCUACAAGUUCUAUGGGGUGAUCAUAAUCAAAUUGUUUUACACGAUGGAGUCAUUUCUAGGUUGUUAGAAGAGUCAAAUGAUAUUAACUUAAAAAUAUGA